AGAUGGUAUAUUAGUCCAAUUCAUCCGCGGUCACACUGCAUUUCUCUUUACCGUCGCCUCACAUGCUGCUCACUAACACCAACACAUUCGCGAAUGCGUUAGGGCAAGAAAUUUUAAUGAUUCCUGCAAUCAUUCAACGUUUGCUACCCACUUGAUUGCAUGCGCCACGGCAACAGCGACCGCGAAACCCCUCAACGACGAUCGCACACAGCGCAAUAGUCCCAGCACUCGGCCACAAACUUGGGGCGAGCAAAGAAACCCAAUCGGCAGACACCGCAGAGCAACAUUUCGUCGAUGCUAGUCGUGUCGAGUAGUGCGUGGAGGUGGAGCAACAGCAACAGCAGCAGCAGUGUCAAUUAGUAGUUUUGCGUACUCCCAUUCAUACAAUACAUCACCACACCACCCAUUUUCCCCCCCUUAUUUGCGGGGUCCGUGUUAUACAACAAAAUUGCCCAGUGCUCAACUACGCCGGCUAAUAACAAUCGUAAAUGUAUGUUGUCCUUCGGGCCAGAGGUUCAAGCAGACCACAAAUCGGAAUCUAAUCAAUCCCGGCCCCAGGCCCUCAUGUGCGUGCGUUCAAAAUAAUUAGCGGUGCAUGGUGUCAACCUUAUCAGCUGCUCGGUGCAAAUAGUUCAAAUAGCUGCGAAAGCAGAGAAAGCCAAAGCAAAGCAAAAGAAACGCCAAUAACUAGCGGCGAGGUGUGUGAGUCUACCGUUUCGCUUGCACUUGCCACUGGACAUAACUCGUUGGAGACAUAACCGGACGGAGAGUAAUAUAAGAACCCAUUGCAAGGGCAGCCAACAGCCAUGAAUAUCGACGACUACGAGAGUUUGCCGACGACCAGUGUCGGCAUCAAUAUGACGGCGGGCGCCAUCGCUGGCGUGCUGGAGCAUGUGGUCAUGUAUCCCCUGGACUCUGUUAAGACGCGAAUGCAGAGCCUUACAUCAGCACCCAACAUGAAUAUAAUGUCAACCUUUCAGAAUAUGAUCACACGUGAAGGUUUAUUGAGACCUAUUCGUGGAGCCAGUGCUGUGGUUGUGGGUGCAGGACCAGCGCAUUCCCUCUACUUUGGUGCCUACGAGAUGACCAAGGAAAUGCUCACCAAAUUCACAUCACUAAACCACCUUAACUACGUGAUUUCUGGGGCAGUGGCCACGCUCAUACACGACGCCAUCUCCAAUCCAACGGAGGUGAUCAAGCAGCGCAUGCAAAUGUACAAUUCACCCUAUUCAUCGGUCAUCACCUGCAUGCGGGAUGUGUAUCGGAAGGAGGGCUUCAAGGCCUUCUAUCGCUCCUACAGCACCCAACUGGUCAUGAAUAUACCAUAUCAGACGAUACAUUUUACCACAUACGAGUUUAUCCAGAAUAAACUCAAUUUGGAUCGCAGAUAUAAUCCACCAGUGCAUAUGGUAGCGGGUGGUGCGGCGGGAGCUUGUGCAGCGGCCAUAACCACACCCCUGGAUGUGGUUAAAACGUUGCUCAACACACAGGAAACGGGUCUAACAAAGGGCAUGAUUGAGGCCUGUCGCAAGAUCUACCACAUGGCUGGGCCAUUGGGCUUCUUCAAGGGGAUGACUGCACGCGUCUUGUAUUCGAUGCCUGCGACGGCCAUCUGCUGGUCCACAUACGAGUUCUUCAAGUUCUAUUUGUGUGGCCUGGAACGUGAUAAAUAUAAAUCGUCAAUUACGGGUCGCUCAGAGCUACAAGAGCCCCGCAAAACGGCCUAUGUAUUGCCGAAGAGCACAACCGAUGUUGAGGAUCCCUCAUUGGCGAGCGAAUCUUUGGCCGUGGAUGCCGCUGCGGCUGCCACCGCCACGCAGAAAGAUACGGCUGUACUGCAUCCAGCGCCGCCAACGGUUAAUGCAGCCGGUGCCAUCAAAACGGUCUGUGAACUGUCCACACGCACUGCUGCGCCCACCAUUAAUCUGCACACGAGGCACACGGAAGUGAAGAGCCCCUAUGAGCGGGGAUUCUCCAGCACGUAGACUGUGCGCAAGGACGUGGCCGCAAGCGAGGCGGCCAGCGUUCGACACAUUUGCAGCGGCGACAGCUAAAACACAUAAGCAUAGCUAUUAGUUGGCGGCGGGGAAAGGUGGCUGGUGGCGGCAGAGGUGCAGGAGUCAGCGGAGCAAUGGUGAGGUGGACACGGCGUUUGAAACGUCUGCCCCCUGGCCCCCUGGGCCCUAGCCUCUGUGUCGCCUCUGGUCUCGUUUUUUCCCCAGCUGUUUGUAUGAAUACUCUGCGAGGAGUCGGUGAGAGAGUGUUAUCACUCCCAUAGUCGGAGGUUAAAUCGUAGUUGUUGUUCUGCACAAAAACUCUCGCUCUCACACUCCCCCCCUCCCAAACAAAAACAAAACACGCAAACAUCCCCUGCCCUACCCCCUACAAACACACACACACCCAAAACACAGUUAUUGUUUAGGCAAAAAGCGAAAAAUUCUUUUUAAAAAAAGGAAUUGAGUGGAAAUCCCCUCCCCUCGUCUAAAGUUAUAUUACCAUUACCUAUUAUGUUGAUCGUUGUAAAGUAAGCAAGAGCAAAAAAAUGCAAAAAAAAACAAAACAAAAUAACGCCAACAGGAAAAAUAAAUUGAAAACAAAAUUCAAUGAUUUGUAAUCCAAUUACACUUUCAUCUUCAAACUGAGAUGUUACAAAAUAUAUUAUAUAUAUAUAUAAAUACUAACGAGUGCCGCA